AUGUUUGCCUUUGUGGUUUUUGCGACAGCACUCACCGCCGUCAACGCUGUCCCUAGACACAUAGGAGAGACACCUCUUACCAAGGCUCUUUCAACAAACAACAGUACACUAAUAGAAAACACCGGGAACACCGAAACGCCUAGGGAAUCUCAUCUUUCUACCUUAGAAGAAAAGGAUGAAGUGAAGAUACCUCUGGACCAGAAACUGAGGCAUACCAUUGGUGUCAUAAACAAACUUACAGAAAGGCUACCAAUGGAAAAGAAGAAAAACUUCACCAAAUCUUUUAUAAAUCUUUUCUUGAAACUAAAAGACCCAGACCAUACAUUAUCAGCUGCAAAAUCCGCCGCUUUGAAAAACAUAGUAAAAAGUAAGACAAGGGAAGCAAAACAGGAUAACAAUGGGACAACGGCAGGUUAUACUGUUGUUGUAUUAAACACAGAUAACGCCGAAAAUUCAACUCAGUCUCAAACUUCUAUAUUGUCAGACAUGAAGACAAAUGAAACUCCAAUUCAUCAAUCGAGUCACGUGAUGAACAAGGAUAUAAAAGGAAAACACCGUAGAGCGGAUUCCAGAGUGGCAUCUCCGAAUCAACCACUCUUAUUUGAGUUUGAUGAAGAAGUUCAGCGGGAGAGAAUAGACCAAAAUGAAAACGAGGAUGAUGAUGAUGAUGAUGAUGAUGACGAUGAAGAUCAAGACACCGAUAAUACUAGAAAUGACAUACGCAUUCUUGAGCGACAAUUGAAUUCAUUUCCUAGUGAAACACUCUUUGCGGGCGACAGUUUGUUUGGUAUUCAACAAAGAGAACCUAUUCAGCAAAGCAGAGUUGUUCAACAAAGAAGACCCAAUCGACAAAUCCAGACCUCUAAUACAUGGCAGCAAAGACAACAGAUAUUUCCAAAUACUGUCAUUGCAAGCUCCGUGGAGAGAACUCCAAAUGUAAAUACAAUUAGAAAUUUCAAAGCUAUCACUGACCCGGAACAGGAAAUCAAGACUCUUGAAAAGUUUCUGAACUUUGCUGAAGGCUUCGCACAGGUUGGAAAUGAACGUAUACCUUCCAUCCAGGACGAAAAUGAUCUUUUUGAAGCCUUCAAUGACGAGAAUUCUUUUUUGAAUCGUCUUCAAGACAACUUUGAAAAUUUUAAUGAACAUGACCAGGAGAGCAAAGAAGAUAAUGCAUUCCAGCGUAGUAGUCCUGCAAGAGAUGUUUCACUAAGAAAUACACCAAAUGAUGGCAAGAGGCCAGCCAUCAUAGGAAUUAAUGACAAUAGAAAAUUGCAGACAGAAGACAGUAAUGAAGACACACGUAAUGAGAUCGUUAAGUUCCUACAGAACGACAUACGGCGUUUUCAGAGUGGAGAUUUUCAAUCUGAUGAAAACGACGAUUUAAGAGAAAACAUUAUUUCUAAUCACAAACAUGAACAGGAUAGCAAAGAAGAGGGUGAAUCUCUGCCUGGUAUAAGAAAUGUAUUUCGAAUAUCAGAAAGAGAUAGACAUACACCGAACUUGAUUGCAGCGAUAAUACGUGACAAUAAGAAUCCAGACGUCAAUUUCCUAAGAUUGAACGACGAUAGACAAAUGCAGAAAGAAGACAGUGAUGAGGAAACGGAGAGUAAAAUCAUUGGAAAUGGAAAUGAAAUACAUAUUUUUCAAAAUAGAGAUUCACAAAGCUAUGAAUAUGACGAUUCAAACGAACAGCAUAUCAUGGGAGGUAGAGAUCAAAUCAGAGGCGAAUCCAAAGACGCAUCUAAAGGCAGAAACUCUGGUAACGCCGAAAGUGCAUCUAGUUAUAGCAAUUCGGCAAGCAAUGAAGAAAAUUCUCGUGAAGAAAAUUCUGGCAAAAAAUCGGACGGUUCUUUCGAAAACUCCAGAAAAAGUAAAUCGAAGAGCAGCUCUAGUGAACAAGGAUCCAGUGAUGAAAAGUCUGGUGAAUCCAAUAGUGGAUCAAGUGACAGCGAUUCGAAGAGCAGUAAACAGGACUCCAGUGGUGAAAACUCUGGUAGUGCUGAUAAAAGUUACAGUAAAAGCAAUUCAAGAAGCAGUGAACAUGAUUCAAGUAAAGACAGUGGAUCAAGUGGAAGUAAAUCAAACAGUUAUGAACAAGAUUCCAAAAGUAGUGAAAGCAGCGAAGACUCGAAUAGCAAUGAAAACAGCGAACAAGGAAACAAGUCAUCCAAGGAAAGUAGCGAAGACUCGAAUAGCAACGAAAACAGCGAAAGCAAGUCAUCCAAGGAAAGUAGCGAAGACUCGAAAAGCAACGAAAACAGCAAAAGCAAGUCAUCCGAGGAAAGUAGCGAAGACUCGAAUAGCAGCGAAAACAAGUCAUCCGAGGAGAGUAGUGAAAGUAAAGAACUACCACAGCAAAUCAAUCCACAACGUCAGCCCCCGGUCAUAAAUAAUGAUCUUCCACUAAACAACCCUAGAGUGGAAAAAUUAUACAUCCCCGCUAAGCCCAAGGACCAAAAAAUAUUUGGCAAAGAACCUGAACCCGAACCACCACGAGAGACCUAUGAAAACUGGGAGUUUUUAGAUGACCAUAAUUUUGGUAACUUAAACCUCGAUCAACCAAUUAACGAUGACCAAGACCUGCUAAAUGCAAUAAUCGAAAUAGAAAAGAAAAAUUACGGCAUUCAAGAAAUGAAAACAGACUCUUCAGAAUAUUCAGAUGAAAGAGAUUAUUAUAAACCAAAACAGUACAAGGGAUAUUCCAAAUAUUCUGAUGACCGUAAAAUCUAUAGAAAUCAAAGAAAGUAUUCAGGUUAUUCAACUUACAGACCUAAAUACAAACAGUCAAAAUAUGCUGGUGAUAAGCUGAAACUAACAGAUAGAGAACUAGCUGAAUUAAACCUAAUAUACAGAGCUACAAGAGGCUACAGACCAACCAGGUUUGCUAAAACUUGGGCUACCCAUCAUUUCCCCGUCUUUGUAGGAAGAAAUCGGCAUUUAAAUAGUCAAGUAAGAGCCUACAUACUGCGUGAGAUUGAAAACAGCAAUCGAAGAACAUUCAAUAGAAGAGGACGAAUGGGCAGGAGACGAUAUGGCAGAUUAAAUAGGAGAGGUAUACUUCCAAUAAGACAGCCGUAUGGACGAUUUGGCAUUAGACGAGGAGUAAUGAGAAACACCCUUCCUUUAUUUGAAAAUAGAGACUAUUAUUAUCCAAAUAUUCACAUCGGACGGUAGAUCUGAUGAAGUUUACUGGUUGUUUGAAUAUUUUGUAUUUUGAUGCAUACAAUUAUCCAGUUUUGUAUUUAUUUUAUGGUUAAAUAAAUCCUACUUGCUUUUUUUCUAUAA